CCGUUUUGGUUAAUCGAGUUUUAGAUUCCGAAAUCAGUUUAAAAAGCUUGAAGGAUCAAGGAAAAAAAUAUCCUCACAUUCUCGCAUGGUCCUCUAGUAAUCAGUUGCCAAAAUAUUGGAUGAUUUUUCUUAGUGAUAGUAGCGAAGG